AUGGGGACGUUGGGGAAUAGCAAUCUGAAAGAGGAUUCGCAUGGCAUGAAUAUUACUGCAGAAGAUUCAUCUACCUCUCAAGAUUGUGUACAGGAGUUCACUCUUCAAGAUCUUCAAAAUGCAUUGAACGUAUAUUUCCAGGAACAGGUAGAAUCAUAUUGGGUCACAGAACAGAAAGAAAACACCGUUCAUCAGAUCAAUCAACAUUUGAACAGUGGACAUUCAAGCUUGAAAGUUGAAGGAAAAGAAAAUGAGACGUUCAAGCUAGGCAAGAAAGCACUUGCUUUUCUUCUUAAGAAGUUUUUUGUUUGCAGAAGUGGAUUUCAACGUACUCCCAGUUUCAAUUAUCUAAUAUCCACAGAAUCCAGAAUGGAGAAGAUUUUGAGGGCUAUUCUCCACCAAAAGUUACAUCUCCAAGCUUCAAUUUUAGUAGAUGUUAUAAAAAAGCACCUGGAAAACAGACACGCGUCCAAAUCUGGCAAUGGUGAAGAAGAGCAUAUUACUGAUGCAGAGAAUGGAAGUAAGUGGAACAUGACAGAUUCUGAAUAUAUCAUUCUUGAGAUAUAA